CUGGAAGUGUGUCCUGCUCUCUGUGACUGCCGCUGCAAACUUUUCUUUUCUACACUGACGCAGAAAACAACGGAGCGAGGUGUUGGCGUUUGUGCCGGAGGAGGAGGAGGAGGAGGAGGUGGUGGAGGAAGGCAGCUGACUCUGAAGCUGGAAUGGGGGAGAUAGAGGGUUCAUACCGGGUCCUGCAGACUCCCGGCACCAGGCUGGGAGCCCAGUUCAAUGCUGGUAUCAGCACUCUGGAGCCGGGCCAGAGCCUCAGUGGCAACAUGGUCAGCGGAAACAGGAGCCAUGGACGAGGGCUACAGAUUCGAGUGCAGGGCUUGGACGACUCCCAGGAGUUCUUUGACAUAGAUCCAAAAGCUCUUGGACAGGAAGUGCUCUCUGAUGUUUUCCACAGAGGGAACCUCAUCGAGAGCGAUUACUUCGGCCUGGAGUUUCAGAACAUGCAGAUGAACUGGGUUUGGCUGGAACCAACAAAACCUGUUGUGAAACAAGUCAGAAGACCAGCAAACACCCUCUUUAGACUGUCGGUGAAAUUCUUUCCUCCAGAUCCUGGUCAGCUGCAGGAGGAAUACACCAGGUACUUGUUCUCGCUGCAGAUGAAGAGAGACCUGAUGGAGGGCAGGUUGAUCUGCUCGGAGAACACUGGAGCUCUGCUCGCCUCUCACCUCGUCCAGUCGGAGAUUGGCGACUAUGACGAUGCGGCUGACGGAGACUUCCUGAGGACAAACAAGCUGCUGCCUUAUCAAGAGAAGGUGGAGGAGAGGAUCAUGGAGCUCCACCGCAGACAUGUGGGUCAAACUCCAGCUGAAUCUGAUUUCCAAAUCCUGGAGAUUGCUCGUAAACUGGAGAUGUACGGCGUCCGCUUCCACCAAGCGGCCGACCGCGAAGGCACCAAGAUCAACCUGGCUGUCGCUAAUAUGGGCCUUCAGGUUUUUCAGGGCAACACAAAAAUAAACACGUUCAACUGGUCCAAGAUUCGCAAACUCAGCUUCAAAAGAAAGCGCUUCCUGAUCAAGCUUCACCCAGAAGUCCAUGGACCACACCAGGACACUCUGGAGUUCAUGAUGGCCAGUCGAGACCAGUGUAAAAUCUUUUGGAAGAUCUGUGUGGAAUAUCACUCGUUUUUCCGCUUGUUGGAUCAACCUCAACCCAAAACCAAAGCUCUCCUCUUCACCAGAGGCUCCUCCUUCAGAUACAGUGGAAGAACUCAGAAGCAACUUCUGGAGUACGUGAGGGAAAAUGGAGCAAAGAGAACGCCGUACCAGAGGAGGAACAGUAAAAUACAAAUGUCUGCUCGUUCCUUUGCAACAGAUGUGCCAAAACAGAGCUUGUCGUUCAGCGACAGUCUCAGGAGUCCGUGUUCCCUCGGCUCAGCCACAGUGUCCUUCCACACGUCCUCCGUCCUCCCUCGGACAGAGCUGCAGCCUCGGCUUCAGCCUUUUCCCGCGCUCGGCUCGUCUCCUCAGCACCUGCAGAAGCCGCCGCCGCCGCUCCACUCCCCACCACAAGCCACGCGACCCCCCAGCCCGCCGAGGGAAGACGCCGUCAAGGCCACGCCCCCGCCCCACUACACUUUUCAAGAUCCAGUGAUGGACAGCCCUCAGCUCUCGCCCUUCAACUCCAAGGAUCCGCUCUGCCUGUCGCCCGCCUUCCAACUGUCCACCCUCAGCCUGCCAGGUCAGGCGCCGUCGCCCCUGCAAAGCCCCAUCCUGAGUGAGGUGGGCAGCACUGCCAGGCUAGAGGAGGAAGAGGAGGGCAGGAGGAAGCGCUAUCCUACAGACAAGGCCUACUUCAUUGCCAAAGAGAUUCUGACCACAGAGAGAACAUACUUGAAAGACCUUGAGGUCAUCACCGUGUGGUUCCGAAGUGCUGUGAUCAAAGAGAACGCCAUGCCCGAAGGCCUGAUGACCCUCCUGUUCUCCAACAUCGACCCCAUCUACGAGUUCCACCGAGGCUUCCUCAAGGAGUUGGACCAGAGGCUGGCUCUCUGGGAGGGACGCUCGAACGCUCACGUCAAAGGCGACUACCAGAGGAUCGGCGAUGUGAUGCUGAGGAACAUGUGUGCUCUGAAGGAGUUCACCAGCUUCCUGCAGAAGCACGACGAGGUGUUGACGGAGUUGGAGAAGGCCACCAGGAGACUGAAGAAGCUGGAGACGGUCUACAAAGAGUUUGAGCUGCAGAAGGUCUGUUACCUGCCGCUCAACACGUUCCUGCUCAAACCGAUCCAGCGCCUCAUGCACUACAAACUCAUCCUGGAGAGACUGUGCAAACAUUACUCACCCGCUCACCGGGAUCAUGACGACUGCAAGGAGGCUCUGAAGGAAGUCGCUGAGAUAGCCACUCAGCUCCAGAGCAGCCUGAUCCGACUGGAGAACUUCCAGAAGCUGACAGAGCUGCAGAGAGACCUGAUCGGCAUAGAGAACCUGACGGCACCAGGCAGAGAGUUCAUACGAGAGGGAUGUCUGUACAAGCUGACUAAGAAGGGGCUGCAGCAGAGGAUGUUUUUCCUGUUCUCUGACAUGCUCCUCUACACCAGUAAAGGUGUCACAGCAACCAAUCAGUUCAAAGUGCACGGACAGCUGCCUCUUCACGGCAUGAUCCUCAUUGUGCUGGACGCACCGGUUGAGGAGAGUGAGAACGAGUGGUCUGUCCCUCACUGCUUCACCAUCUACUCCGCUCAGAGAACCAUCGUCGUGGCUGCCAGCUCUAAAGUGGAGAUGGGGAAGUGGAUCGAGGAUCUGAAUCUGGCUAUCGACGCGGCCAAGAACGAAAAGUCCAGCAUCUUCCUGGACGUCGGCGAUCACUCCAAUCGUAAGAUUAAACCUUCUGUAACCCGGGAACAUCGUGGCUCGUCUGAUGAGGUUUCUCUGGAGCAGGAGUCGGAGGACGACAUGAACUCGUCCAGGACGUCACUGGACAAGCAGACGCACCAUCGUGCAAACACGACCAUGCACGUGUGCUGGCACCGCAACACCAGUGUUUCUAUGUCUGAUCACAGCCUGGCUGUGGAGAACCAGCUCUCUGGUUACCUGCUGAGGAAGUUCAAGAACAGUAACGGCUGGCAGAAACUCUGGGUCGUGUUCACCAACUUCUGCCUGUUCUUCUACAAGACUCAUCAGGUUCGUCUCCACAUGCUGGGAUCUGUCACUGAGGCUCCGCCCACAUUCACACAUUCACCACAAGUUCAUUUUUCAACUGAAACGCUUCAAAGUCGUUUACACUGAUUUUCAAAAGCACAA